UUGACUUAGAUAUCACUUUUAUCUUUCUCACAGGAGAAUAGUGAACAUUAAUUAAGGGUGAGAAAAAGUUUAUUGAAUGUUGAGAUCAGACUAACUUGUGUUAAGCUGCACAUGUAGUAGUAGUAGUAGAAGAGGAAAAUUCUUGUAUAUAUGGAUAUGCAAAUGCGAGUUGGAAAAACCUUCUUCUUCAACAAUAUUAUAGAAACUAACGCUUGAAGAAAGGUACUAUACCAAGUAUUUUCUUUAUUUAGCAUAUGAUGCUAUGAUAUUGGCUCCAUUCAAGAACCAGGCAAGCACAGCAAGUCCAAUGUUGCAAGGAUCUGGACUUGCUAAGACCAUUUCUUAGAGAGACAGAAUAUGAUGCCAUCAUUGAAAAAAGGACUUGUCAGUAUCAGGACUCUGCUCUUCCUUCUAUUCCUCUUGAUUGCUGCCUUCAUAUCUUGCUUAUGGAUUGAUACUUCUACAUUUUCAGUAGAAAGAUCAACAAACAAGACUAUGGUUAUCCCAGCAAAGCACAACAUACUCAGGAACGAAACAAUUGAAUUCCCAUUAAACUGCGCCAUCAACAAUGAAUUGCAGUCUAAAGUUUCAGUCGAAAGGUCAACAAACACGACUGUGGUUAUCUCAGAAAAGCACAACAUACCCCAGAGAGAAACAAUUGAAUUCCCAUUAAACUGCACCAUCAACAACAACCAAACUCAAACCUGCCCAACAAACUAUCCAAGACCGACUACAUCUCGAGCAGAUGAUCAAGACCCACCAAGAACAGUGUGCCCAAACUAUUUUCGAUGGAUUCAUGAAGAUCUAAGGCCAUGGAUUGCCGCAGGAAUAAGCAGAGACAUGGUGGAAAGAGCUCAAAGAACAGCACAUUUCCAUCUGAUAAUAGUUGGAGGCAAAGCACAUAUCAAGAAAUACAGAGAAUCAACACAAACUAGAGAUACAUUUACCAUAUGGGGCAUAUUGCAGCUUCUCAGGAGGUAUCCGGGAAAGAUACCGGACUUGGAGCUGAUGUUUGAUACUGAUGAUCGACCGGUUAUCCGAUCAAGUGAUUACCAUGAGCAGAACACCACAGGACCACCACCGUUGUUUAGGUACUGUGGUGACAGGUGGACAAUGGAUAUAGUGUUUCCUGAUUGGUCUUUCUGGGGAUGGCCUGAUAUUAAUAUAAAGCCAUGGGACGAAUUGUCGAUAGACAUAAAAGAAGGCAAUAACGGGAGCAAAUGGAUUGAUAGAGAACCUUACGCUUACUGGAAGGGAAACCCCUUUGUAGCUGAAACCAGAAAGGACCUCCUCGCUUGCAAUGUCUCUGACCAACGAGACUGGAAUGCUCGCCUAUUCAUCCGGGAUUGGAUUCAGGAAUCCCAGCAAGGAUACAAGCAAUCAGACUUAGCAAGGCAAUGUACACACAGGUACAAAAUCUACAUUGAAGGAUAUGCGUGGUCUGUUAGUGAGAAGUACAUUCUAGCCUGCAAUUCUCUGCCAUUGCUUGUAAAGCCAUACUAUCAUGACUUCUUUACCAGAAGUCUGCAACCUCUGCAGCACUAUUGGCCUAUUCGAGAUACCGAUAAAUGCAAGUCGAUCAAAUUUGCAGUAGACUGGGGCAAUAAGAACAAUCAAAAGGCACAAGAAAUUGGGAAAGCAGCCAGUGAUUUUAUCCAAGAAGAGUUAAAGAUGGAUUAUGUGUAUGACUACAUGUUUCAUCUCUUAAAUGAGUAUGCUAAGCUACUCAAAUUUGCGCCACGAGUACCUGAAGAAGCUGUGGAAAUGUGCUCAGAGAUUAUGGCCUGCCCUGCAGAUGGGUUAGAGAAGAAGUUCAUGACAGAAUCAUUGGUGAAGAGUCCUCGGAUUACAAGACCAUGUACCUUGCCUCCCGCUUAUGAACCUCAUGUUUUAGGAGCCUUCUACAGGAAAAAGUUAAAUACCUUAAGGCGAGUGCAGAAAUGGGAAGAUGGAUACUGGAAAGAAUUUAACAAACAGCAUCAACAGAAUUCAGUCACAUUUAUGAUGAUAUACACCAAGUCAUUGGCUAUAAUGUCUGCCUGCUAUUAACAGUUCUUAGAUGAGGAAUAGUAUAAAAUCAUAGGGUUUCUUCGUUUAUAAUCUUCGGGUACUUCGGAAAGUGUCUAUCUAACUUUUUUUUUUUUUUGUUUAAAUAUUAGUUGUUAAAAGAAGUACUGCUUACUUAAUUUUUUCAUACAAUUACAAGAAUUCUAUACACCAAUAAGUGAGUUCCAUUGAAAUAUGAAAGGUAAAAAAAUGAAUUUUCAUAAGAAGGCUGUAAUUCUCUAGCUCAACCUCAAGAUAUGGACAAGAAGAGAAAAGAAGGCCAUAGCUUGGCCCAACUAAUAUAACCAAUAAAAUUCAAGCAAUUCUACAUUUAUGUUC